UAUUUUUUAGUUGUUAGUUUUUUUUUUUAAAAUAAAAAAUUUGUUUGCACCAAAUUUUCAAGAUUCUUAAAAGAAGAUGGUGAAUACAUUUGGAAUUUUGAGUGUGUCAUUAGUUACUCUUGUUUUAAUGUUGUUGGUUGACUCUAGCCAAAGCCUACGUCCAUAUCAUUUUUCCUAUCAUGGCAAAGGAACAAACAAGGACAAUCAAAACCAUGCCCACCUUAAGGAAGAAAAAAAAGGAGAUCAUGAUGUGUUAGGAAUGGAGAUGUAUCCAACAGGAUCAAGUUUACCAGAUUGUUCUCAUGCUUGUGGACCUUGUUUCCCUUGUAAGAGAGUAAUGGUGAGCUUUGCAUGCUCCAUUGCUGAAUCUUGUCCAAUUGUCUACAGAUGUAUGUGUAAAGGCAAAUAUUACCAUGUCCCUUCCAAUUGAUCCAUCCUACGAGAUCAGAGUCGCCACUCAAAAUUUAGUUUUAUUUAAUUUCAACCUCUAGUCAUGAUAUGUAUGUUAUUAUGGAGUACUAGCUAGCUAGCUAUGACUAAUAUUAUGCAAUGUUGCAUUUGGAUUAUUGUGCCUCAUUUAAUUUCCUUCAAGAUUUUGGUAGUGUCAUUGUAAAUAGGAGGAAUUGUAAGAGUUUUGUAGGUUUAGUUGU